AUGACCUCCAACAUAAGUCAUACGAAUGAACAACUUCCUUGUACAGAAAAUCACUCGGAGUUAAAAGAAGUUUUGAAACCGUGCGGUAAACUUCCGCCGACAAACGACAUAAAAUUGGAUCGAUCUUACUUUAAACGUAAAGUCCCAAUGAUAUUCGUCGGUAUUCAAUGUGAUAAACAUGUCAAGACGUCUUUAGAGAAGUUGAGACCAUUUUUCUGUCCUUUUAUCCGACUACCUAAAAUAUCUAAAACUUACCGAGAUUCAAAUGGAUCGUUGCGUAAAUUGAUGCUGGUUCAAAUGCCUGAACCUGAUAAAAUCUUACAGUUUAUAACUGAUUUGAAUCAGUGGAACGUUGAUUUACCUAAAGAUUACGCAAAUCUUCAACCAGUCGAUUUAUCUGUACCUAAAUUGCCCGAAUGCCUAAACGAUUUGAAAGCUGAAGAUUCAUUAAACGAUGAAGCAUUUAAAAAAGUUAGUGUUGUAGAAGAAGAGAUAAAUAUGUUGGAAAAUAUUGUCACCUCACCAUGUCUCGUGAAUAUGUCGAUCGGUUAUGAAAAUUUCACAUUCGAACAAGUUAUCAAGGAAUUGUUGCCUGAUUUCAUCUUGCCUAUUACUGGGUUUACUAUAAUUGGUCACGUUAUACAAUUUAAUCUCAAAACUGAAGCCUUACCCUACCGUCAUAUUAUUGUGACUGCUGAUUACACGUGUUACAUGUAA